UGAGACAGACCAACUAUAUAAGUAUAAUAUAUGUCUAUUUAUAUUAGUUUCUCCUUAAUUGUGUGUUUUUCUAAAAUAUCUAUGUGCUCUGGUAUUUCGAUCCUCUGUGUUUGAUAGACAAACAGUUACAUUUUCAGACACAGACGAGACAAGCGGAAGGCAUUUUCUAGCUCAACAGCUUUUCAUUUGAAGAAAAGGAAUCAUGAGCUGCUUUGGCUGUUGUGCAGAAGAUGAUAUGCAAAAAGCUACUGAUAAUGGACCAUUCAUGGCGAAUAAUUCAGCAGGAAAUAAUGGAGGUUAUCGUGCCACAGAAGCUGCACCAAAGGACACGCAAACUGUAGAUAUUCAGCCUAUUGCUGUCCCUGCUAUUCCAGUGGAUGAAUUGAAGGAUAUCACGGAAAAUUUUGGCACAAAGGCUUUAAUUGGUGAGGGCUCAUAUGGAAGAGUAUACCAUGGUCUUCUGAGAAGCGGACAGGCUGCAGCUAUAAAAAAGUUGGACUCCAGUAAGCAACCAGACCAAGAAUUCUUGGGACAGAUUUCUAUGGUAUCGAGGCUAAAACAUGAAAAUGUUGUCGAGCUACUUGGUUAUUGUGUAGAUGGUGGUCUCCGUGUCCUUGCCUAUGAGUAUGCUUCAAAUGGAUCCCUUCAUGAUAUUCUUCAUGGACGGAAAGGUGUCAAAGGGGCACAGCCAGGUCCAGUUCUAUCAUGGGCACAAAGGGUUAAAAUUGCUGUUGGGGCUGCAAAAGGACUUGAAUAUUUACAUGAAAAGGCACGACCUCAUAUUAUCCAUCGCGACAUUAAGUCAAGCAAUGUUUUGCUUUUUGAUGAUGAUGUUGCUAAGAUUGCGGAUUUCGAUUUGUCAAAUCAAGCCCCUGAUAUGGCAGCACGUCUUCAUUCCACUCGUGUUCUUGGAACGUUUGGUUAUCAUGCUCCAGAAUAUGCAAUGACUGGGCAGCUUAGUUCAAAGAGUGAUGUUUACAGCUUUGGAGUCGUCCUCUUAGAGCUCUUGACUGGGCGUAAACCUGUUGACCAUACAUUGCCACGUGGACAACAGAGUCUUGUGACAUGGGCUACACCAAAACUCAGUGAAGAUAAGGUGAAGCAGUGCGUCGACACUAGACUAGGAGGGGAAUACCCUCCCAAGGCAGUCGCAAAGAUGGCUGCCGUUGCUGCCUUGUGUGUGCAAUACGAAGCUGAUUUCCGGCCAAACAUGAGCAUUGUCGUAAAAGCUCUCCAACCUCUGUUGAAUGCUCGAGCUGGACCACCCAGUGAAACACCAAACUUGUGAUUUUCCCCUCUUUGAUCAAGUCUCUCUUGCCAAAUAUGUCAUAAAGAUUUGUUUUAUGAUAGGUGGUUGUAGAUCAGGUAUCGUUUACUUGAUACCCUCAAGUCAUCGGAGAACUUAAUGGAAUUUCUUGUGUAAUGAAUAGAAUCUUUGUUCAGAAGCACCGUGAAAUGGCACGGCAGUUUUUUCAUUUGGCUUGUAUUUAAGGUUUUGAUUUGCUUACAACAGCCUUGUAUUCUUUGACUAUUUUAUGGUCUUGAAAGAUUUUCUUAACACUAAUAGCAAGUGAGAAUUAUAUAUAUAAUUAUGAAGUAUGGACA